AUGGAGUUGAAACGAAAGCGAUCUUUUUCCUCUGUCCUGAGCUCUCCCAGCUCCUCCCUAUCCAAUUCCCCUCCACACGACCGGGCAAUGAUGAUGUCCAUGAUCACGUCUCCGCUCCUUCACAGCCGCACAAUGAAACGGUUUCGCAACAGCCGCCCUUCUGAGGAGGAGGUCCAUCAACGAACCCUCGGCCUCCUUUACUCAGCACAGCAGAACCCGGCUAUGGUCCCGGAGCCGGCACCCGAGUCCACCUCGUUGAACAGCACAGCUAGCCGACAGCAACAAUCACUCCAUCGCUUCUGGAACAUCAAUUCGAGACCCUCGGCUCAAAUCGAAACCACGGCUAUGGCGAACUUCUCCCCAACUGCGUGCGAGGACUGCGGCGCCGGCCUGGGGGCGUCCGGCCAGGACGACGGAAUGGACAUCGACUCCGCCGGGUUUGACGACGAUACGGCCUGCGGAGCAUGCGGGAAACACGUCUGCUUCAGCUGCUCGGUGAGCAACCUCGGCGAGCAGAAGCGGUGCUUACAGUGUGCUGGGCCACUUCCGACUCGGGCCAGCUAA